AUGUAUCGCCAAGCCCGCCGCCUGCUAAUGCUCCGGUCGUCAGGCGGACCCGGAGGCAACGGCCCCGCCCGAUCCCUCUCCACUGGGCUUCCGGCGGCGCCAGCGGAGGACGCAACCUUCGUGGAGGCCUGGAAGAAGGUGGCCCCCAACAUCGAGCCGCCCACGACGCCGCUGUCCUUCAUGAAGCCCCGGCCGGCGACGCCGCCGUCGAUCCCCGGCAAGCUCACCGUCAACUUCGUGCUUCCCUACCAGUCGGAGCUGGCGAAUAAGGAGGUAUGCUACUUCGUGUUCCUCCCUUCUCCCUUCUGCCCCCUUUUUUAGACAAAUGUCUCCCUCUCUGGGAUCCUCUACUUUCGCUCCUUAUGAUUCUAAUGUACAUCGAUCUAAUGUGAGGAAGAAUCGAGGACCGAAAUUAAUUCGUUGCUUACGUCUGCUGCUCCUCUGUCAACAUUCUAUUGAAAACAUCAGCUGUUUUUCCUCUAGAAAAUGAAUGUUUGGGAUCCUACGAUGCCUUUAAUAUUGUUUUGAUUUCUGUUUUGGAGUUUUCUUUCACAAGAGAUGCUGGGUGACGGAUGGUCGAUGUAAUUGGCCACAAUCUAGAACUGGUAGAAGGAGAAGCUUGUCGGUGCUCUUAUAUACGGGAGUCUCAUUUCUUCGUCAAUCUUCACACUUUGAGCUGCUUCUGGGUAGCUUUUGGGUUUUUUUGUUUCUUACACAAGGAUUUCCGAGUUUUUUUUUUCCUGUAUGGGAGAAUGUAGACCUAAUUGUUGCCACAUUGUAUGUCUUGUUUGGGGUAAACAUCUUCAUACGAUCUUUGCCUCUAUCUACCGUCAAAUCUGAUAUUCAGUUUUAUUUAGGAUUGAUCUCACUAGUCGCUAGGACGAAUAGUUAUGGUUACUUGAAAACAAGCAGGUCUAUUGAGGUGUACUGAUUGGUUUAUUGAACCAAGUGUCCUAUUAUAAUACCAGAGCUGGUUCUCUUACAUUGCAUUCAAUGAGGUUUAUGAAAGGAUUAUUCAUAUCAUUGAUCUGAUAAGGUGGGACGGUGCCCAUUGAUUUCAAUUGCUCAUGUGACUAGGAUCAGACAGUUGGGCCCCUUUCGGUUAAAAUCUCCACAUUUCAUCUUCCACCCAACCAUUUAUUCAUUAUUUUCUAAGCUCCUAUUGUCUAUGCUUGUGUAUAGGACCAUAUGCAGUGUGAUGCCAAAUAGCGUAUAAUCUUUUAGCUGGAACUUUUCAUCUGGGGCACGUAAUCAUUUGAAUCCAAGAAACAUAGUCAUGUGUGAAAAAUAAGUGCAUUUUUUUUUUUUGAAACCUUUUGGAUAGUUGUCUAAGUAGCAUAGAUACCUGCCAUGAGAAAGAUCGUCCAUAUGCUUUUUAUAUUUUUCAAAGCAUCUACUUAUUUAUAGUUUUGGAAUGGAUGAUCGCAUUACUUGAUGAAACUCCAUUGGAUGGACUAUAGAAUUCGAACAGAUCAAGGCUCUAAGCUAUCCCUUACCCAAUAUUUUUCGUUAUUUUUUCCGUAAUCCUUUUUUAUAACUUGAGUUUCAAGGAUAUUGUUUUCGAAUUUCCGUCUGGAUAAAAACUUUGGUUUUGGACUGUUCUGAGAGGUUCUUUCGUUUUAGUGUGAAUGAGGCUUCUUUUCUUUUCCUUCACGAUUUUUUACUUCGUGAUAUUGUGUAAAUCACAAUCUAGUCCAGAGGUCUGGGUGGCUGAGCUGGCGUUUUCGUUGUUCAGAAGUUCAGCAGCUAUACUGCAUUUUCUUUUACUUGGGAAGGUUCCUGGAUUUAAACUUAAAGGAGGAAAAAUAAUCGUUCGAAGAAUAAUUCCGUUGACUAGCAUCUGUGGGAAAACCUGUAGUUUAUCAGUAAUCUAUCAUUUUAUGCCUCUUUUGAAUUGUCCAGGGCGUGACAUAAUUUCUUUUCUGGGUCUGUUGGAUUUUUUUCCUUUUUCUGUCAUGAUUAUAGGGCCUUAGGUUUUGGUUGUUAUCUGGGCCACAUCUUCUUCUUGAGGAUAUGAUACCCAAUAAAAAGCAUAUUCCUUUGUGGGAGUAUCCAUGUGGAAAGUUGCGAUUUAUUAUCUGUUACAUUUCACUCUCCUGAUUUCUGCACUUGCUGUACUUCGAAUGGUAAUAGCCUAUUGGAUGGGGACAUCUCUUGGGUUAGACGUCUCAGAAUUCUUGAGGAGAUUAUAUGAACAGGUUAUAGAGACAGUGACAUCGUAUGAUAUUUGAUAAAUUAUCUGCUUUACAUGGAACCACUAUCAGCAUAGUCUUAAUAACACCGAGAUAUAGGUUUCCUUUCUUUUUUGAGGACGAGAAUCUUAUGUGCAUGUGGGCAGUAGUGGUCCUGGUUGAGCCCCAAUAGAUAAUAACCAGAGCUUUUUUUCUCAGUUACAUUAUUAGCUACGAUCAUUUCAUUAAAUGCUUGGCUGUUUAUUCUUAUGUGCUUUAUUGAACUAAAUGGAUUAUUAGUCGACUAAAUUAUAUUCACACCCUGAAAGCAUCCUCCUCCACUUUGAAGUAUGUGAGAAAGAGUGCCAGCUUCCACCUUAAAACCCUUCAUUUUACUUGCCAAGUAUUUACUUUACAGCACCAUUAUGCUUCCAGGUUGUAGAUAGCAGGAACACCAGGUUCUCCCAUUUCUGUGGCACCACUCAUCACUAACAGGAUUCUCUCCAUCUUACCGCAUGCACUAUUAUGUAACCAAAGGAUUUCAGGCUUGUGCCAUUUCUGACCCUGUAACUGCGUUCAUUUUAUUCUGAUUGAUCUGUCCAGAUUACUUAUUCGUUAGGCUGCCCAUGAGAACACUCAUGGUCUUAAUUUUGCCCCUUUCAGGCAUCAUUCUUUGUCAUUAUACUGACUCAUUUCUGAUUUUUCUUGGCCUAUGUCUGCCUAAAUAUUCAUACUUGAUGCCAUUCCCCUAUAGUCGUCAUGCUUGCCUCUACUUAUGAGACCUCAAAUGGUUAUGUCAGGAGUCAUUUAGUCAAAGAUGAUAAACCAAACAUUAAGUAAGUAUAUUAUCUGGGGGGUACUUCACUAUUUGUCCCUCUCUUCUCCGUUUGUCCAUCAAUUGGUAUCUUCUAUGCGUAAGCCUUGUUUUCGUCUUUAAUCAGAUUUAUGUUCUCGAUGGCAUGGGGUAUUCCAGUUAGGGUGGAGGCUGUCUGCCUGUUCACACCUUCUCCCUCACUGAACAAAGAAAAAUCUUUGUUUAAAAGUAGCUAUUCAUCCUUAUUAUAUUUUCCUAGAGAAAGCAACAAGUCAAGCUUGUAAUUUACAAACAAAAUGACAAUAAAAGCAGUUACAUAUAUAUGCCCAUGCCCUGUGAUGGACCAUGGAUCCAAGAAAACCCUUCAGAUAUCGAUCAAUUGCAAGAAACAGUGUGUGAAGUUGAUGAGAUCUUUAUGGCAGGCGAGGUUGCGGGAUGGAAUAUAUUCUCCAAGAGGAGGCAUAGAUAAAAAGACACCGAAUCCAGUGCCUAUCUUAUUUGCUCUUUUUUUCAGGCAUCUUGGUCAGUUCUCAGUACCAGCAUUUUUGUUCACUUCUCCAAUGCAGAAGAUUAAACCCACUCCUGAAAGAUUAAUUCUCCAAUUCAUGAUAUUUUUCCCAUGAAUGGCAUUGGGAGCGUGCCCCUUAGUUUUUGAUGAGGCAGCCAGACGUGAUGCCCUAGUUUCAUCGUCCACGGGGCUCUCUUUCCUUUUCCUCUCUAAUUUCCAUCGCUCUCUUCACUCUUGUAUUGAUGUUCCUUUCUCUUCUUAUAUCUUCUUAUGCCUCCCCAACCACCAUAUAUAUCUUGCGUGAGAAACAAGGAGCUGGCAUUGAAUAUUUCGUGUAGAUCAGCCUUCACCCUAGAGUUUCCUUGCUUCUUUUAGCCAGAUCUGAACCUGUACCAGUUCAGCCUGCUAUUUCCCAUUCCUAAUUGACCUUCUCUUCCACUUCGUCUUCCUCCAUUGUCCACCAUUCAGCCUUCGAUCUUCGUCUCGAAACAAGAUGAAAUCCACCCACCCCAUGCCUCCUCAUCUUCUACCUCUAGCGGAUUAAAGCGGGUCUUUCCAAUCUGUCAGCUCAUGGUGUUUUGGUUCUUUUUUUUUUACGCUUUUACACCAGUAAAAAUGUUUUAGCUUUCUUUAUGGAUCUGAUAUCCCUGAUGAUGGAUGCAUUUUCACUACACCAAAUCCACCAUGAGACUGAAAACAUUUGUGGUUGUGAGCAGUUGACGUGUUUCAGCAUUGAAUAUGUAAAACAUGUAGUAGCAGCUUGGAAGGCAUAUCCCAUGGGGAAUCAGUGCUGUUCUUGGGGAUCAGUCACCAUUGAAGACCAUUUAGGUUCCAAAGGGAGACGUAAGUCACUCCCUAUGGUUUCAUGUCAUGAUUUAAUCCAGGCUUGCUUGCAGACAGGAUUGUAUUGUGUAUUUGACUUUGUAUAUAAGGUGGACUCACCACCUGCGGCUGACCAUGAUCCUGUUGCCUGUGGUCAACCCUAAACCCACCCCUGACCCAGUGCUGAUGGUUGACACAGCCUUUUUAGACUUGGGUUUAUGCUCAUUUUCCAAGUAGAUUGAAGACUAUCAAACAGAUGAAAAAACUCUCCAGCCCACUGCUAUUUGAAGAGGGUGGGUCGUCAGGUUCAGAAAUUAGGGAUCAUGAACACUGUCAGUCUCCAUUGAAACCCAAGAAUCUUCCAUCGUUUUUUUGUAGAGAUUGCACUGCUAAUAUGUUCCAGGCACCCGUGGAAAUCUGGGAAUCAAAUCCGUCCUGUGCUCUCAAAAGAGGCAAAAAAAAAUUCCUGCAGGGGCUGGUUUUCAGCUCCUCAACCCUCUCUGGUGGAAGAAAUGGAUGGAUGCUUGUGAGGAUUUCCUGUUCAUCCAUGGUCCAGUGAUUGAUCUCUCCCUGUUUUCCACUGGCAGCAAGAGCUGAGGUUGGUCCUAUCCAACUGAUCGAUCUUCUGAUCUUCCUCUUCCUGUUGUUCUUCUUCGGGCAGGUGGACAUGGUGAUUGUGCCAGCGACGACGGGGCAGAUGGGUGUGCUCCCGGGCCACGUGCCAACGAUCGCAGAGCUGAAGCCUGGGGUGCUCUCGGUUCACGACGGCAGUGAGGUGGCCAAGUACUUCGUGAGCAGUGGCUUCGCCUUCGUCCACGCAAACUCGGUGACAGACAUCGUGGCAGUGGAGGCCAUCCCCGUUGACCAGAUCGACCCCGCACUGGUCCAGAAGGGCCUUGCCGAGUUCAACCAGAGGCUCUCUUCCGCCUCCACCGACGUUGAGAAGGCGGAGGCUCAGAUUGGCAUCGACGUCCACAGUGCCCUCAAUGCUGCCGUCACCGGCUAG